GAUACAGUGGAUACAGUGGCUGAUAGAUGAAACAGUGGAGGUCACUUGACGGGACGAUGAUGGUCAUCGAUCUGUCAUUGAACAAUAAAGUCACGCGCUCAGGAAUGGAGCACUUAUCGAGCGCGCGGAGCAUCGAUUUGAGUGGCACCGUCAUGCAGUUUUAAGCUCCUCCCCCAGACGCGCGCGUGUGUGUGUCUCUGUGUGUGUCUGCAGUACAGCAGGUUUAAAGCACUCUCAAAAGACUUGCUAUCGCAGCUGACUGAAGCCUGAGCUGUGCGGCACCAUGGCAACGGAGCGGCCCACCAAACUGCGCGUGUUCUCUCUCAACUGCUGGGGAAUUCGAUUCCUGAGUCAACAUUGUGCAGAGCGGUAUGAGAUGAUCGCUGAAUUGCUGGACAGAGAGCGGCAUGACGUCGCCCUGUUACAAGAAGUAUGGAGUGAGAGAGAUUUCCUUUUCCUGAAGAGAAAACUUUCCUCCUCCCAUCCUCAUACUCACUAUUUCAAGAGUGGAGUUAUUGGCAGUGGGCUCGCUGUUUUCUCCAAACACACAAUCCAAGAUGCACUGCUUUACCAGUAUUCUCUCAAUGGCUACCCAUAUAUGCUGUGCCAUGGCGACUGGUUUGGAGGGAAAGCAGUGGGAUUGGUCAUUGUAAACAUAUUUGGGUUGAAGGCACACAUCUAUGUUACUCAUUUACAUGCUGAGUACUCCAGGGCUCAAGAUGAAUACCUCCCCCACAGAACAGUGCAGUCGUGGGAACUACUGCAAUUUGUGCGCCACACAUCCUGUGAAGCAGACAUGGUGAUUCUGGGAGGGGAUUUAAAUAUGCACCCUAAAGACCUUGGGAACCGUCUCCUCAGAGCUCACACUGGACUCAGAGACUGCUUCACUGAAACAGACAAAUUUGAUGGGUGUGAAGAUGGCCACACUCUUAUAGCAGAUAAUCGCUUCACAAAGAAGCAAGAUCUUGUUCCCUUUGAGAAAGGCAUCAGGAUUGACUACAUUCUCAUGAAGGGCUCUAAGAGAGUGAACAUGAAAUGUGAGUCUCUGUCCACCACUAAGGGGUCAGUGGCUGAUAAACCCUUUCCAUAUUCGGAUCAUGAGGCCCUGAUUGCUGAUUUUGUCUUGAUGCAGUCAGAGGACAACAGAGAGCAUGGAGUGAGGACCACAGAGUACUCAGAUACUGCAGUCCCAAUAUCAGAACAGGUAGACUUGGUCUCAGAGGCUCGUGCAGUGGUAAAGGAAGGCCUAUGUCAAACAGAGGUCCUUCGUGCUAAAGCCAUGCAUCUGAUGGUUGGUGGUCUGCUGCUACUGCUGCUGCCCCUGCCUAUGGCCUUCCUGCCCUGCUUAUGCUCUGGAGACCCGUUCUCCUUCACCACCAUGGGCUUUCUGGGAGCUGUGUGCAUGAUUGUCCUGCUAUCCGGAGCUCUGCUCUACAUUCUCUUCACCACACACAUCAAAGUCCUGAAAGAGACUGAGGACCAGAUGAAACUGACCUCAAAUGAUCUCCAGACUAAACUGUCAGGGUGUAGGGUGUCAGGGUCUUCAUCCUCUGAUGGUUCUCCAGAGCACCAGCCCUUUAAAUGGGAGGAGUGAGUUUGUUCAGAUGGAGGUUGACUCCGAAGUGCUGGUCUGGGAUCAGGUUACUGUACCUCAGUGUUCCAUAAUAGCUAUUAGGAUAUAACUUGAAAAGCUGACUUAUGAUCAGUGCUCUGAGUCUAUACAUACCUCAACACAAUGAGUGAUGGCAUUAAUAAUGGAACUGGUGCUCCAUUUCUGAUGAACUGAAACUUAAAUGCAAAUGUUUUUGUGAGGGUGAUUAUUGAAUUCUAUGCUCGUAUAAUUGUUUCCCGAGCCCUCGAAGACACAUUCUGUUUGGAAAGUGUGCUUAAUGAUAUUUUAAUGUAACUCGAAAGAGACUUCAAUACAUUUUUAUCAGCUUGUUGUUGCAAAAGUAUUAAUAGCCUUUAGCAACAUGUUUUAAGCAUUUAAAUCUGUUCAAUCAUUUAAUCAUAAAUAAAUCAACACAAUUGUAAAAUGAUUUUGUUCUUGUUCAAAGUGACACAAGGAUCUUAAAAGCCAUGAUUUUCCACCUGGUGUCUGUGGAGAAAUAUUCAGCAUGGAACCUAUAUGAUUUUCUUUAGAAAAUAUACAGUAUAUGAUCUAUAUAUUUCAAAAUGUAUUUCUAGUACAUUGAUGAUCUGUUUUGCAUUAUAGAAAUAAAUUAUCUUUGUUAAAUUUUUUAAUGAAUGUUAUAAAGUAUUAUAGGAAAAUGUCAAUUGGGGUCGCUGUGUCUAUAAAUGUUAAAAAGGAACAUUGCGGGUUUAGUCAAGUUAAGCUAUAUUGAUGGCAUCUGUUGCAUGCUGGCGAUUACUACAGAGAGUUAUUUCCACCCAUCUCACA